AUGACAUCGAGUGCGCCCGUUCCCCGUCGCUCGUGUCGCGCCGCUCAUGACAUCGUUCCCUCCAGGUUCGUACCCGCACAAAUACCACCCAAGCGGCGAAUGCAGAUGCUCGCGGUGGCUAUGUGGUCGGUCAUGAUUGCGCUAUGUGUAUCGGCCUUUCUCAUCUUGUGCUCCUUCCCUCCCCUAUGGCCUAUACUGGCAGUGUACUACGUGUGGAUACGAUGGAUAGAUCAGAGUCCUGACCACGGUGGGAGGAGUAGCGAGUGGGCAAGGACGUCAAGAUUUUGGAGGUACUUUGCGGACUACUACCCUGUCUCGUGCACCGCAGACCUUCCGCCAGACAGGCCGUAUAUCUUUGGCUACCAUCCACACGGUGCGCAUUGCAGGGGAGCUCUUGCUACAUUCGCCACGGAAGCAACCGGAUUUUCCAAGCUCUUCCCCGGCAUCACGCCCCACCUCCUCACCCUCGCCUCGAACUUCCGCAUUCCCCUUUACCGCGACCUCAUCCUCGCCCUCGGCAUCUGCAGCGUCUCCAAGCAAUCCUGCUCCAACAUCCUCAAGUCGGGCCCUGGAAGCUCUAUCACCAUCGUUGUAGGUGGCGCGGCGGAAAGUCUGAGUGCGCGCCCGGGGACGGCGGACUUGACGCUAAGGAGACGACUGGGGUUCAUCAAGGUUGCUAUUCAGCAUGGCGCUGACCUGGUCCCCGUCUUUUCGUUCGGAGAGAACGAUAUAUACCAACAAAUGCCUAACGAGCGCGGAACCACCGUUUAUAAGAUGCAAAAGAAGUUCCAGUCCGUAUUCGGAUUCACCCUCCCGCUAUUCCACGGCAGAGGACUUCUAAAUUAUAACCUCGGGCUCCUACCCUACCGCAGACGAAUAGUCGUCGUUUGCGGCCACCCAAUACCUGUCCAGCAAUGCGACAAACCCGACCUCGCGGAGGUCAUGCGGAUACAGAAGUUGUACAUUGACGAGCUGACGCGGAUAUGGGACACGUACAAGGACCAGUUCGCCAAGGCGCGCAAGCGGGAGUUGAGUAUUAUUGACUGAGGGAACUAUCGCAUACCCUCGAACUUAGACAGCCUUCUCGUGUUGUUGGAUAAUAUGGACAGUGACCACCACCGGGUAAGCACGACGAGGCGCUGGAGCACGAUAGUGUACGGAGCGCGCCGCUAUAUAAUAUUCCAAACUGAUUAGCACAAUGAACUCACUCUUUGUAUCGUAUUGAAGACGUCUCGGACGCCGCAAAGGUCGCUGCAUAUCACAGAAAAGUCUAAUACAUAAAAGCUGGAGGCCAUUAUGUGCAGGAAUGAACAAUAUAUAUACACGGGCGUGCGUGGGUGAAGUGCUACUGUACUUCGUAUUGGAAGCGGUGACAGGACAGUGAAAGAGAGGACAUGUGCGAUCCGUAGUCCAUACGAUAGCUAAUAAGUAGGUACGCACACAACCGACCCGCUCCUCUAGUGAUGACAAUCCAAAGCGCACGAUUCGAUGUUGGUGAUGGA